CCAUCUGGACCUGCCAUUUUGUAAUCACCACACACAUUGAGAGAUCAAGCUUCAGGCUCAAAGCAACUAUUAAUUACUUAAUACCAAAAAAAAGAAAAAGGAAAAUGAAGGGUGUUGUUAUCUCAGUUUUGGUGGUGGUAGCCAUGGUUCAGUUGAUGGUUAGGCCAGGAGAGGCGACCAUAAGUUGUGAAGAAGUUGUUAAUCUUGUGAGACCCUGCGCUUCUUACAUUAUGACUGGGAUAGGGAGUCCCACCGUUGCGUGCUGUAAUGGUUUGGACCAACUCCGGAAAAGUGCCACAACCACCGCUGACAAGCAGCAAGCAUGUCAAUGUGCUAAGGACGCUGCUGCUGGUUUCCCCAUGAUAAAUGAACAAGCUGCCGCAUCGCUUCCUACUAUCUGCAAAAUUCAUAUUGAUUUCCCAAUCUCCAAGAACAUCAAUUGCCAGGAUAUCCACUAAGAUGGAAGCCAUCAAGAAAUUAAAGAAAUAAGGGCGCCGAUAAGGGAGCCAUUAAUUAGGUGUUGCAAUCCUAAUAUAUUUAUGUUCCAACCUCAAAAGUUUAUUUAUUAUGCACCUUGUAAGAGAUCAUGCACUGUGUAUCUGAUCGAUUGAACCUAAUAAUAAUUAUAAUUAAUUAUAAUAAUGAAAUUAAGUUUAUGAAAGUUCCCUGUGAGCUCGUUGUACUAGUUUGAAGGAUUUCAUUUCUAUAAUUAUAUUUGAAGUUGGUAGUUAUAUUACCUAUACUUCUUCAAAAUCCCUGGUAGAGAUAGCAAACAAGUGGGUUUGGAUGGGCUCGAAUUAGGUUGUCUUUGUAUU